GUCAAGCCUCCCCACACCGGGGGAUGAGCGGUGUUCUCGCGAGAACUCUUCCUUUUUCUAGGCCGGCGCUGAAAGUGAAAGGCCAUGUUCAGUUCGAGCGCAAAGAUUGUGAAGCCCAAUGGCGAAAAGCCAGAUGAAUUUGAAUCUGGCAUCUCCCAGGCUCUCUUGGAGUUGGAGAUGAAUUCUGACUUAAAGGCUCAACUGAGAGAACUGAAUAUCACAGCAGCAAAGGAGAUUGAAGUGGGUGGUGGUAGAAAAGCAAUCAUCAUUUUUGUACCAGUCCCCCAGCUGAAAUCUUUUCAGAAGAUUCAGGUGCGGCUAGUUCGUGAGCUGGAGAAAAAAUUCAGUGGAAAACAUGUGGUCUUCAUUGCCCAGAGAAGAAUUUUACCCAAGCCAACAAGAAAAAGCCGCACAAAAAACAAGCAGAAGCGUCCCAGGAGGUAA